AUGACCGACGCCGAGCUCGAUCGCGACUGGAAGCCCAACGGUCGCCGUCCACAGUCCACCAUCGCUCAGUCCUUCUCCCUCGAGCUCAUGGACAUCUUCCGCAUCGAAGGUUCCCUCACCGAGCUGGAUCAAAAGGUCGACGAGAGGAGGCAAAAUGUAGGCAAGACCAAUCAGGAGCUCGCCGCCCUCGAUGCCCAGCUCCGCGAGAUGGAGGACCGGCUUCGUCGCAGCCAGCAAGCUAGUGCCGGUAUCCGGCUCGACUCGAGCACCGCCCGCCCCUCCCACAAGCUGGAUGCGAGCCUCGGCCACGAACCGUCAAACCUCGGCGCCGAUUCAACAUCGCACCCCGGCACCGCCCGCAUCGCCCAGCAGGCGUCGAGUUCCGGCAACAUGCCUCCGAACCCUGGGGCUGGCGAGGGGAGGUUUUAG